AUGCUAACACCUCAACUUCUUAUCCAUUUCAUUAUAGCAGUGAUACAAUUCCUUACUGGGCUCUUCGCAAAUGGCUUCAUUGUGGUGGUGAAUAUAGUGGACUUGAUCAAGCAGAGACAAAUGGCUCCUUUGGAUCUGCUUAUUUCCUGCCUGGCAACUUCGAGGAUUUGUCUGCAGGUGCUCAUCUUCCUUACACAUCUGGUUCUUUCCUCCUUCAUGGAAGAGUCGGUAAUUGUUGACAAUUAUACAAUUUUCCUGUUUGUGAAUAUUUGGGGGCUUUGUUUGGCCACCUCCCUUGGAGUUUUCUAUUGCACCAAGAUCACAACUAUCCCACACCCCUUGUUCUUCUGGCUGAAGAUGAGGAUAUCCAAGUUGGUGCCAUUGAUGAUCCUGCAGUCUCUACUGUAUGCAUCUGUCAGUACUGGAAUCCACAAUAAAUAUACAAGAAGUGUCAUCCAAAAAGUCUUCAUCAACUGUUUCUCCAAAAAUGCAACUCAAACCAAAGGAAUAGACAUUAUGUCAUUGUCAGUUUUUCUAGUUCAUCUUACAGUACCAAUAGUUAUCUUCCUCAUUGCUGUUCUCUUUUUGAUUUUCUCCCUGGGGAGACAUACCCAGCAUAUGAGAACCAUUGCUGUGGGCACCACCGAAACCAGCAGGGGCAUCCACUUCAGGGCCAUGCUGUCCAUCAUGUCAUUCCUAAUCUUCUAUUUUACCCACUACCUGAUGGCUCUUUUGUUCUUUUUUCAAAUUUUGCAAUUUGGAAGCCUUCUGUUUGUGUUUUGCUCCUUAGUGGCUGGCACCUACCCAUGUAUACACUCUGUCAUCUUAAUUUUAGGAAACCCUAAACUGAAACAAAAUGCAAAAAUAUUCCUGCUCUGUGGUCAGUGA